CAGGACCACAACACAAGUGAACAGGUAACCGUUUCCGAUAUGAGAUUUGACCGUUGCUUCUAUACCAGUGAACGUACGGAUUAUCAUUCAAAUCUUACUACUUUCGUUGACUAUUGACUUUUUUAGCAGCUUCAGUUUCGUUCGUUCAUUUCCCUCCUAAUCCAACGUCUCACAUUCACCCAAAAAUCAAAUUCCAAAUCACAACAACAUAACAACACUCUUUGCGUUCUUCUUCCUGCUAAGGACAUGUUUGGUUAGCAACAAAAAACGAUUCACAGAAAUGCCGGUUUCCACUCGAUCUAAAAUCACAACGGAAAUCGACUUAACCUCAACAAUGCAGCAGCAGCAGCAUCAACAACAGAGACUCAGAAACCCUCACCAUGGCCUCAAAGAAAAACUCAAAACCCUCACUCUCUUAUACGAACAACAAAAACAAGCUUCUUCAUCUUUCAAGAACAACAACACCGCCAUGCGAGACAAAAACUCAAUCACAAUGCCAAAUUCAACCGUCACUAAAACCUUCGUUUUACCUCAACCACCUCCUUCAAACAACAACAACGAACACGACGCUAAAGAAAAUCAAAAUCUCAUGCUAGGACCCGAUCGAAUUGUUGGAUUUUCGUAUCCAAGAAAGGUUACAACAACAACAUCAGCAAUUAGGGUUCCGGUUUCGAAUUCUGCCACCGUUGCUCGGAAACUGUCGAUGGCGGCUCCGGCGAAAGGGAACGGUGGUGAAGAGUUAGGGAAAUGUGAGAGUAGGAUUAUGGUGUUCGUUAGGGUUAGACCAAUGAACAAGAAGGAAAAAGAAGCUGGUUCACGGUGCUGCGUUAGAAUCGUUAAUCGCCGUGACGUUUAUUUGACGGAGUCUGCAAAUGAAAACGAUUACCUUAGACUCAAUAGGGUUAAGGGACGCCACUUUACCUUUGAUGCUUCGUUUACUGAUUCUGCAUCUCAGCAACAAGUUUAUUCCACCACAACCUCGGAACUUCUGGAAGCUGUUCUGCAGGGGAGGAAUGGAUCAGUUUUCUGUUAUGGUGCCACGGGAGCUGGAAAAACCUACACAAUGCUUGGCACUGUAGAGAGUCCAGGUGUGAUGGUUUUGGCUAUUAAGGAUCUUUUCAGUAAAAUCAGACAGAGAAGUUGUGAUGGAAGCCAUGUGGUUCAUCUCUCCUAUCUUGAGGUUUACAAUGAGACUGUCAGGGAUUUGCUUUGCCCUGGAAGGCCUCUGGUUCUUAGAGAAGAUAAACAGGGGAUUGUGGCUGCGGGUCUUACACAAUACAGAGCUUCUUCUGCAGAUGAGGUGAUGGCACUGCUCCAACAAGGAAAUCAGAACCGAACCACAGAACCAACUCGUGCAAAUGAAACAUCUUCUCGUUCCCAUGCAAUUUUGCAGGUUGGGGUUGAAUACCGAGUUAGAGAUGCUGCAACAAUGAGUAUUGUUAACCGAGUAGGCAAGCUCUCCUUAAUUGAUCUUGCAGGGUCAGAGAGAGCUCUUGCCACGGAUCAAAGAACGCUUAGAUCUCUUGAGGGUGCCAAUAUAAACCGGUCUCUUCUUGCACUCAGCAGCUGCAUCAAUGCUCUUGUAGAAGGCAAGAAACACAUACCGUAUCGAAAUUCAAAACUCACUCAACUUCUCAAAGAUUCACUAGGAGGAACCUGCAACACUGUCAUGAUUGCAAACAUUAGCCCAAGUAGCCUCUCAUUUGGUGAAACUCAAAACACCGUUCACUGGGCUGAUAGAGCCAAAGAGAUUCGGCUAAAGGUAAGCGAUGCCGAUGAGGAUCAAUUGCUAAUGCCUGAGACAGAAACUGAUCAGGCCAAGCUGGUACUUGAGCUGCAAAAGGAGAAUCGUGAACUCAGAAUGCAGCUAGCACGGCAACAACAGAAGCUAUUGACUCUAGAAGCACAGGCCUUAGCUUCACAUUCCUCUCCAACACCACCACCUUCUGCUGCAACUCUUACUACUCCAAUUUCUGCCCAACCAAGUGAAAAACGAAGGACUAAAUCUUCAUUCUUGGCUGGAACUUGUUUCACUCCGGAAUCCAAGAAGAAAGGAGCUGAGCUAGCUGUGAAGACACUACAGCGAACAGUGAAAGCACUAGAGGCUGAGAUAGAGAGAAUGAAGAAAGAUCAUAACUUGCAGCUAAAGCAGAAAGACGACCUCAUUUGCGAGCUUUCUCAAAAGGGUGGAAAACAAGCAUCAACAACUGGGGAAGUGGGGAAAAGAGUGGCAACCAGGGCUUCUAACCUAAAGGAAAAGGAGCCAAACAAUGGUGAAUCAAAGAGUAAUCAUCGUCUUCGAUCACCAGCUCCAACUGCCAAGAAACGGAGUUUUUGGGACAUAACCACAAAUAAUAGUCCAUCAGUUACUACGUUAAAUGGGAGAAAAACUAGAAGUCACAUCCUUUCAGAACCUACAGCACCUCCUCCAUCCAUGCUACUUCAGCCUGGUUUUGCUCGUCAAAAAGCCAAUAGCUAGAGUGUGAUAUAUGAAGGAGUGUGAUACAGGGAAGCUCAGUAUUAUAUACAGAUUAUUGCAGCUUGAUAAAGUACCUCCUUUUUGGCCUUUUAUUCAUCUGCUCAAAGGAUAAUAGUACAGUCAGCUGCAAACCCAAGUGCCGUUUGCAUGAUUCUUCAUUCACCACCGCUUUCAUUUUAUCAGGCUAUUGAAGCUUUUGGGGAAAACUCCAAAAUGUUUAUUAUAGAUGUACAUUCAUUGAUUGAUUUUUACUGACAUAGAUAGAUGCAUUGUUAUCUGUUACAGACAUCAGAAAGCCGGAUGCCAUCCAUGGGUAUGUAAAUUUGUGAUUGCCUUGAUAUAUAUUGCCAUGCACUUACAUUAUAAUAACA